CCCGGGGCGUUCCUCUUCUUCCCCCCCCCCUCCCCACCCGGCCGCCCCGCCUGCCGCCUUCUUCGAGUCUCUCUCCGCGGAUGCUGCCGCGGCAGGGGGUGGUGGGAGCAGCCUCGGGACGCGGGGUGAGCCCUCUGCCCUGCCCCCUCCGUCCUCCUCCCGGGCCCGCCCCCAGUCCCCGGCCGCCGGCCGCCGAUCCCCGAGACUUUGUGGCCAGCAGCAACCUCGGGGCGGUUUCGAUGGAAAAUGAAGGGUCUUCGAUGCCUCUGCCCUAACCGCUGACCUUCCCCCUCCCCAUCUUUGUCUGCCGGAUCCGCGGCGCCUCCCGGGACUUUCGGCGGGAUCGGGGCCGCGCUCCGGGGGCCGCUCCCGCAGCAGGCUCGGGGCUCCGGGGGCUCCUCCCGGCGCUGGCUCCAGCUUCUCCUCCGCUUUGCGGAACUCCUGGGAGGGGUCCGUGCUGCCUCUCCGCCCCUGGAAGCGCUUGUGAAAGAGCUCCCCGAACGCCUCCCGGGAACCUGUGCCUGCGCUCCCCAUUCCGCCUCCGGGCCCCUGGCAGAGCGGAGAAGGGCCCGCGCGGGGCCGGGAAAAAGCAGACACCUGUUCUGCCCCGAGCCGCACGACGACCCUCGUGCUCCCGGUGAUUGGGGCUCCUUCGUGACUGGGGCUGGCGCCGCGGGAAAUGGCUCGAGAGAAAACAGGCUCCCGAGCAAAACAGGUCUUUCCGAAAUAGCCGCGUAGACCCGCGUUUCGUGGACUCUUCGUUUUGUUGCACGUUUUAAAAAGUUACCAAAUGGUGAAAAUGAGACAAUGAUUCCUGUAUUGACAUCAAAAAAAGCAAGUGAAUUACCAGUUAAUGAAGUUGUAAGCAUUCUUCAAGCUGAUCUUCAGAAUGGUCUGAACAAAUGUGAAGUGUGCCACAGACGAGCAUUCCAUGGAUGGAAUGAGUUUGACAUUAGUGAAGAUGAGCCCCUGUGGAAAAAGUACAUAUCUCAGUUUAAAAACCCCCUUAUAAUGCUGCUCCUGGCCUCUGCAGUCAUCAGCGUGUUAAUGCACCAGUUUGAUGAUGCCGUCAGUAUCACUGUGGCAAUACUUAUCGUUGUUACAGUUGCCUUUGUUCAGGAAUAUCGUUCUGAAAAAUCUCUUGAGGAAUUGAGUAAACUUGUACCACCGGAAUGUCAUUGUGUGCGAGAAGGGAGGUUGGAACAUACACUUGCGCGGGAUCUGGUUCCAGGAGAUACAGUUUGUCUGUCUGUGGGAGACAGAGUUCCCGCUGACCUACGUUUGUUUGAGGCUGUAGAUCUUUCUAUUGAUGAAUCCAGUCUGACUGGAGAGACGACCCCUUGUUCUAAAUUGACAACACCUCAGCCUGCUGCUACUAAUGGCGAUCUCACCUCAAGAAGUAACAUUGCUUUCAUGGGAACGUUGGUCAGAUGUGGGAAGGCAAAGGGAAUUGUCAUUGGGACAGGAGAAAACUCUGAAUUUGGCGAGGUUUUUAAAAUGAUGCAAGCAGAAGAAGCUCCAAAGACACCACUGCAGAAGAGCAUGGAUCUUUUAGGAAAACAACUUUCUUUUUAUUCUUUUGCCAUAAUAGGUAUUAUCAUGCUGGUUGGCUGGUUACAAGGAAAACAUAUCCUGGAUAUGUUUACUAUUGGCGUGAGUCUGGCUGUUGCUGCCAUUCCUGAAGGCCUUCCCAUUGUGGUCACUGUGACUCUGGCUCUUGGUGUCAUGAGAAUGGUGAAGAAAAGGGCUAUCGUCAAGAAGCUGCCGAUCGUAGAAACUCUAGGUUGCUGUAAUGUGAUUUGUUCCGAUAAAACUGGGACACUGACCAAGAACGAAAUGACUGUGACUCACAUCUUUACUUCGGAUGGCCAGCACGCCGAGGUUACUGGAGUAGGCUACAAUCAGUUUGGUGAAGUCAUCUUGGACGGGGACGUUGUUCAUGGAUUCUAUCACCCAUCCAUUAGUCGAAUUGUUGAGGUGGGCUGUGUGUGCAACGAUGCUGUAAUUAGGAACAACACUUUAAUGGGAAAGCCAACAGAAGGAGCUCUAAUUGCUCUUGCAAUGAAGAUGGGUCUUGAUGGACUUCAGCAGGACUAUAUAAGAAAAGCAGAAUAUCCCUUCAGUUCUGAGCAAAAAUGGAUGGCUGUUAAGUGUGUGCACAAAACACAGCAGGACAACCCAGAAAUUUGUUUUAUGAAGGGUGCUUACGAACAAGUAAUUAGAUACUGUACCACAUAUAACAACAAAGGACAGACCUUGGCACUCACUCAGCAGCAGAAGGAUGUGUAUCAGCAGGAGAAGUCCAGCAUGGGCUCCGCAGGACUGAGAGUUCUUGCCUUGGCUUCUGGUCCAGAUUUGGGACAGCUGACGUUUUUGGGCCUGGUGGGGAUCAUCGAUCCUCCUAGAACGGGUGUGAAAGAAGCCGUGACCACGCUCAUUGCCUCGGGAGUGUCCAUAAAGAUGGUUACGGGAGACUCUCAGGAGACUGCGAUCGCCAUUGCCAGUCGCUUGGGGUUGUAUUCCAAAAAUUCUCAGUCAGUUUCAGGAGAAGAAAUUGAUACAAUGGAUGUGCCACAGCUUUCACAAAUAGCACCAAAGGUUGCGGUUUUUUACAGAGCCAGUCCAAGGCACAAGUUGAAAAUCAUUAAGUCCCUCCAGAGCAAUGGAUCGGUUGUGGCUAUGACUGGAGAUGGAGUCAAUGAUGCUGUGGCCUUGAAGGCCGCAGACAUUGGAGUAGCAAUGGGACAGACGGGGACCGACGUUUGUAAGGAAGCAGCUGACAUGAUCCUGGUGGAUGAUGAUUUUCAAACAAUAAUGUCUGCAAUCGAAGAGGGCAAAGGGAUUUACAACAACAUUAAAAAUUUUGUUAGAUUCCAGUUGAGCACGAGCAUUGCUGCAUUAACUUUAAUCUCAUUGGCUACAUUAAUGAACUUUCCCAAUCCUCUCAAUGCCAUGCAGAUUUUGUGGAUCAAUAUUAUCAUGGAUGGGCCUCCAGCUCAGAGCCUUGGAGUAGAGCCAGUGGAUAAAGAUGUGAUUCGUCAGCCUCCAAGAAACUGGAAGGACAGCAUCUUGACCAAAAACCUGAUUGUUAAAAUAUUGGUUUCAUCAAUAAUCAUCGUGUGUGGAACUUUGUUUGUCUUCUGGAGGGAGCUACGGGACAAUGUGAUAACGCCUCGAGAUACAACGAUGACUUUCACUUGCUUUGUGUUUUUUGACAUGUUCAAUGCUCUCAGUUCCAGAUCACAGACCAAGUCUGUAUUUGAGACUGGACUCUGCAGUAAUAAAAUGUUUUGCUAUGCCGUACUUGGAUCCAUCAUGGGGCAAUUGCUCGUUAUUUAUUUUCCCCCACUUCAGAAAGUUUUUCAGACUGAAAGCCUCAGCAUACUAGACCUGCUCUUCCUGCUGGGUCUCACUUCCUCGGUGUGCAUAGUGUCCGAAGUCAUCAAGAAAGUGGAGAGGAGUAAGGAAAGGAGCCCAAAGCACGGCCCUUCCACGUCCUCCUCUUCCUCCUCCUCGUUCCUUGAUGUGUGAUGCAUAUUGCAUUCUUUAUCUGUGAGCGAGAGUGAGCUGCAGCUUGGGGGUAUGCUGGAGAGGCAACUUUUCUUGGGGGACUCUGCGGACUUGUUAAGGAUGUCUUCAUGUGAACGAUGACAUUAGAGACGGCGAGGCUUGAGACUUCCCCCACCCUGCCUGCUGCUGGGAGUCGCCAAUGAAUUAUGCAACUUGGAUCUUAUUUUCCUUGAUAAAAUUGGCUUCUGAGAUUGGAACUUUAUGAAGUAUGUGGGAGGUUAAUUUAAAACAAAAGAGGAUGAGGAAGGAAAAGGCAAAGCCUGAACCACCUUCUGCACUUAAGAGGUCUGACUGUAUAGAUAAACUGUCCAUCUUAGAUAUAAAUAUUUUAGUUCUUUUUUAUUUUUAAAUAUUGUAUUACUUUAUGGUGGUGGGGCUUUGUUACUAAUACACGAAUAAAGUUAACCCUUUAAAAGGCAUUCUCUUUGGUUUAGACAUGGAGUCACAGGAGUGAGUGCCAGACUUCAGCUACUCUAUUUAUUUCCUUUAUUUUGUGAUGUACACAGCUCCAGUUCUCUUUGCUGCCAUUUUUGGUAUCCUAUGGGGUUUUUUGCACAGGACGUGACCACUGUCGGAUCACUGUUUUCUUUUCUUUCUUUUUGUGAUUGAAAAGCCUAUACUGCGAUUUGAAGUAAAUGUUUGCUUUUCAUAGUAAGUGUAUAUGCUUGCAUUUUCUUUGGAGAUGUGAAUCUUUGGGGUCAUGCAAAACCUUCACACAUCUGGGCGUCCACAGUCAGGACAAUCUGAUACCUUCCCUCCCCUUUCUGUAGCAACACAAUUGUUAUGCUGAGCCACAGCUGAAAACAUGUAAACCAGUGGCAGGCCCAAGUUUAUAAUGAAUUGUAUUAACUCACUCUCUGCACCCUUCUCUUUUCAAAUCAUAAUACCUUUCAUCACCCAGUCUCUUAAUUUCUUAAAGUCCAAGAAUUGCCUCAGGAAUUUCAGCCUGAAUAAUUUUUUACUCUUUAUUUUAAUUGUUAUUUUUUAUAAUUUUCUGUAACUUUUCAUGUGGCCUUUCUUUAAAUCGUACAAUCUGUUUUAAAAACAAAACCAAAACUCAUUAAUUUAGAUAUAAAUAAAGGAUUUUUUCUUGCCCAGGAGAGAGAGGUUGUUCCAUAUAUACCUUAUACCUUGUUCUUGCAGUUGCUUUGAGCCUUUUUUCUUUCUUGUGUCUUUCUCCCCCUCUUUAUUUCCACCAUUUAUUUUCUAUAUUUCCAGGCCUGUAUGAAUAGGUAAGUUGGAGAAAUAAUGGGUGAUUCACUUUCUGAAUACUUCCAUUCAUUCUCAGAACUGAGUAAUGUGGCAAGUAUACUUGGAAUAGAUAUUCAAUUUUAGGUGCAAAGAAGAUUCAAAAUUGGAAAUUUGAUGCAGAUUUUCUGAUUCUCUGCUGAGUAUUUUUAACUUAUAGCAAAAAUAAAUCUUAAAAAGUACUUAUUUAGUCAUUCUUAAAUUAGUCAAUUUUACAGUUCCCCCCACAUUUAAAUAGCAUUCUGGAUUCUUGUAAAGCGUGGGAGGAUGCCAGCUUAAUCAUUCAGACUAAAUUAUAAAUAUUAAAGCCUAAAUAUUUGUCCUUGGGGAUUACUGAGGAUAAUGUGUCUUUGGGUUCGUCAUUAGAGAGCUCCUAAGCUUUGACACCAGCUGCUCCCUAACUUUGUGUUUUAAUGCCAAAUGAUCAGGGGCUAUGAUGCUUUGUUUCAGUUCAUUAAUUUAGCUGGAAAUCAUGUUUCAUCAGAUACCAGUCUUUAGGGAAACGAUUUCUACCUACCCAUCCACAGCACUAAUCAUUUUCUCCUUUGCUAUAGGUGAACUUGAGAUGUGUUAGUAAACCUGAAAUCUUUGUCUUUUAUUUCACAGACAUUAUUUCCCUGUUGUGGUUGAGAUUGAAAUGAGGCUGCCUCUGCUCAUUCUCAGUUAUUAAGGUGAUAGGUUUUUUCUUUCAUCAGCCAUGUUCAUAUAUUAAUGACAUCCCUCCCAAGUCAUUGUAAAUCAGUAUUUUUAAAAUUACCUGUGAAAAUGUUGUCCAGGAGAAAUUAAGAAAUGCAUAUAAAUAUGUAGACUGACUUCCAAAAUGGGAAUUCACAACUGCAAUAGGGAAAUAGUCACAUUGAAGCCUACUGGGAGCAGUAUGGAUCAUUUAAAUGCAUGCAUAUUUAACCUCAUACCUCAGAGCUCUAGCCAUGUUCACUCAUUGUGACAGUAUGCUGUACUGAGAGAAUGUAGAGUUUAGGCAAGACACAGUUCGAGCCUUUGUGGAUUUGAUAGUAUUAAUAAAGAAGAUGAUGAGAUAAA